CAAUGGCGACGCCCACCGCCACUCCCCAUUCUUAUUCAUUUUCCCCUCUUUCACUAUCCAAUUUCAACCAUCCUACAUUCCCUCCCCAAUCCCGUUCAAAUCCAUGGUCGCAGUUUCGUCCCUUCCAUUCCAGAAAAUCCUCCAUUGCUUUCAACGGUUCUCGACCCACUCACAAAUCCCACUCUCCCAAACGACCUCUCCUCCCACUCCCUGUCCCUAGUUGGAGAUUCUUGCGAAUGGAUUCUUCGGCAACGGAAUCUUCUCCCAGAGAAGUUCUACUCAAAUCUGCCGCCUCGGAUGGUGCCCGCACUUCUUCCUCAAUCUCUCAAAGUGUGUUUGCGGUACUUCAUCUGGUUGUUUCUCUAGGGAUUAUUCUUGCGACUGACAAACUCUUGAAAACGGCUUUUGUGGCUGCUGCGAUUAAGUUCCCCAGUGCGUUGUUUGGAAUGUUCUGUAUCUUUUCUAUUUUGUUGCUUCUUGAUUCCACUGUUCCUUCGGCUGUAACUGGCGUAAUGAACUUCUUCGAGCCGGCACUCUUGUUUAUUCAGAGGUGGCUGCCUCUGUUCUAUGUUCCAUCCUUGGUCAUUCUACCUCUGUCUGUGAAGGACAUCCCUGCAGCAUCCGGGAUCAAAAUUUGCUUCAUAAUAGUUGUAGGUUGGCUGGCUACUCUGUGUGUUGCAGGAUACACGGCUAUAACCGUUAGAAAUAUUGUAAAAACUGAAAUGACUGAUGCUGAGCCUAUGAAAAAACCAUCUCCAUUUUCUUCAAUUGAAAUGUGGAGUUGGACUGGAAUUUUCCUAGUGUCAUUUGUUGCUGCUUUAUUUUAUCCAACAGCACUUGGCACGAGUGCUCGAACAUUCCUUCCAUUCCUACUUGCGUCGACCGUGUUAGGCUACAUUGUUGGAUCUAAUUUACCAGGGAGCGUGAAGACGGUUUUCCACCCAAUCAUCUGCUGUGCAGUCUCUGCAGAUCUCGCUGCACUUGCUUUUGGAUAUCUUUCCCACUCUGGGCUUGAUCCAAUUCUAGCUUCAUAUUUGACAAAAGUAUCAUCUAACCCUGGAGCUGGUGAUAUUUUAAUGGGAUUUUUGGGAUCUGUCAUCCUCUCCUUUGCUUUCUCAAUGUUCAAACAGAGAAAGCUCGUUAAGAGGCAUGCAGCUGAGAUUUUUACAUCCGUCAUUAUCUCAACUAUAUUCUCAUUGUACUCGACUGCUCUUCUUGGACGUUUGACCGGAUUAGAACCAAACUUGACUGUCUCAAUUCUUCCCAGAUGUAUAACUGUGGCUUUGGCACUUAGCAUUGUGACCUUUUUUGAAGGUACCAAUCCAUCUGUCACAGCUGCCGUGGUCGUUGUAACUGGUCUUGUUGGGGCAAAUUUUGUCCAAGCAACACUUGAUAAUCUGAAGUUUCGGGAUCCUAUUGCUCGGGGUAUUGCAACUGCUUCAAGUGCACACGGGCUCGGAACAGCAGCAUUAUCGGCCAAGGAACCCGAGGCUCUCCCGUUCUGUGCCAUUGCCUACGCUUUGAACGGAAUUUUUGGCUCGUUGAUUUGCUCACUUCCAGCAAUAAGGAAAAGCUUGAUUGCCAUUGCUGGCUGAUACAAAACCAGUCCCUCUUGCUCUCACUGUAACUACUCACUUGUGCAGUCUGGUAAAUAGAAAAUCAGGAGAGCAUGAAGUUUGUACAGGGAAGCACAUGCUGGUCUUCUAGUAAUUUAUUUUUUCAUGUUUCUUGUUUGAAUAAAAUUAUUUUAAUUUUUCUUUUUUCUGCAGUUCUUCCUCACUUGGAAAUUCCGAAGGCCUUCUCUACCAUAUCAAAAAAAAAAAAGGGUAAAAUUUGAAAGCAUGUUUGUAUUUAGUUUUGGGAUGGAAAUUAUGGGCAUAGUGAAAUUUUAGUCGGACUGUAAUGUGAUGAUAGUACUGUAACUGUCAUCAUUUUACAGAAAAUGGUCCAAAAAAUUAAAUAGAAAAAAGGAAAAAUGCAAAUCUAGUGGAGUUCAAGGUGAGUUUUAUAUUUAA